AUGGCGGACGAUGCAGAGGACGAAGCCGCUUCAAGAGAAGAAAAUGUGCUUUACGACUUAACAAUCAAUGCAGAAUGGCCACAAGAACCUGAAACAAUAAGCAGAAAUGUUAAGGACAAGUCUCAAGUUUCUUUCCCCAGGAGACUUGCGUCAGCAGCUCAAAGAACAGCUUGGACAUUUCUCAGAACAGUAGGGAUUCCAACCAGGUCUUCUAGCCCUUGUUCACUUCCAGUUGGCUUGGUAAAGCUGAUCAACAGAAAGCUUCAAUGGCAAAUAGCAGUAUCCAGUGAUGGCCAACAAAUCGCAGUGUUGCAGGAUACACUUAUAGAAAUAAGAACUGCCAGGGAUGCCUUCGACUCUGUGCUUGCACGUUGUUCCAUAUCCAAGGACCCUCAUGUUCAGUGGCGCCGCCUGUGCUGGAGUACUGAUGGCACCAUGCUGGCUUAUGCUGACAGUCUCGGGAAUUUGCAUUUAUUUGAUGAAAUGGGUGCAGAGUUGAUCUACAUUCCAUGUAAACUGCCAGUGAAUCCUAAGCUACCAGUAGAUUUGAGUAGGGCGGUUGCAGCAUUAAUCUUCACAGAUUAUGUUCCUACUUCAGAAUGGACAGCCCAGUUGAUUGUUGUUAAUUAUCAAGGCAGUCUAAGGAGCUUAUUAGUGAACAGUGACAGCAGUAAGUACAAGGAAGACCACACAUUCAGCUUCAGCCAUUAUUACCCACGAGGUGUGGGAACUGUGGUCUAUGACUCCUCUCACAAACUCCUGGUAGUUGGGGGCUGCUGCACUAUGGAUGAGGACAACCCCAGUUUGGCUGAGCAGCAAGGCAUCACCAGGUGGCGCAUUCUGUCAGGAGCACCUUACUAUAAGUUGGUCACAGACUAUGAACAAGAUAUAGCUAUGGCACAAAAGAAAAGAAAGUUUUUCAAGAAGCUGAAAAGUUUUCAGUUUUAUGGAUGGUAUGGUGAUAUUCAGGACAGUGUGUACAAGAUGUGCUUGUCUCCAGAUACUCAGCUUCUGGUCACUAUACACCAUUCUGGGCUCUUGUCACUCUGGGAAUACCCAUCUCUGAAGCUUAGGAGAAUGUGGCCCCUGGCAGAACAGCCUGGGAACGAAGAAAAGAAUCCAAUAAUUGUGGAGAAUUUGAGAUUCAAGAGAGUUUCUAAAGAUUCCACAGAACAGCCUAACUUGUUGGAUGUGAACUGGUGGAGUAAGGAAGCAUUGAUUCUUGCCCGCUGUAGUGGGGCUGUGACAGUGUCGUCUGCUAACACACUGAGGAAUCUGCUGGGGACAUCUCCAGAAUGGCUGGAGCCGUCACCUCAGGUGUCCAAGGCACAUGAUGGGGGAUUCUUGGGACUAGAGUGUGAGUGUAGGUACCAGUCACUGAAGCGCCGCCUGGUGGAUGAUGUGGCAGAAGUAGAUGAUGAGUAUGAAGACAGUGAAGAUGAGGAGGAUGCUACCAUCAUGACUAGAACUAAGAAGCUCAUAAAGGGAACACUGUAUUAUGUCACAGACAAUGAGAGGUUUCAACCACCUAAGAAAAGACCCAAAAUCCUGUCAAGAACAUACAGACUGGUGUGUUUGAAGUCCACCACACCAGAAGAGCUGUACUCAAGAAAGAUUGAUAAUGAGGAGUAUGGAGAGGCCCUGGCCCUGGCUCAGGCAUAUGGUCUGGACUGUGACCUGGUGUAUCAGAGACAGUGGAGAAGAACUGAUGUGUCUGUGGCCUCCAUACAGGACUACCUGAGCAAGAUUAGCAAGAGAGCUUGGGUCUUGCAUGAGUGUUUGGAACGUGUUCCUCAAGACAUUGAUGCCAUGAAAGCAUUGCUGGAAUACGGACUGAGAGGAACAGAUUUAGAGGCACUUUUGGCUAUAGGAAAAGGCGAAGAUGGUGGAAGGUUCAUUUUGUGUGAUAGUGAUCACAUGUUACCACUGGAAGAAAGUUAUGAUGACAUAGAAACAGAGGAAAGGGUCAAACAAGAGGCUCAGCGAAAACGAAGAGAAGAAUUGCUGAAACAAGUAGAUUUUACAACCUUGAACUUGGAACAGAAAGAGUUGUGUCGAGCUCGCCUGAAGCUGUUGCAGUAUUUGUACCGCCUGAGUACAUAUGAAGAGAUUCUUGGGGGCCCGCAUCAAGCUGAGCAGCAUUUUGAUUACACCUUCUUCCAGAAAUUCCGUAGUCAGAACAUUGUUGAGAUAGCGGCUGACUAUGCUAGGGCUACUGAUAAGGAAUCUUUACAUAUCAUCUUGACCUAUCACGGAGUAGAUACCCUGCCACAUAGGUUGGCAAUUUUAUCCAAUUUCCCAGAGACAUCAUCACCUCAUGACUAUGCUGAGUUGUUGCCUGUGGUGAGUAAUGUCGAGGGAGAGCCAGAGGUGGAACAAUGGCCACAGCAUGAAUGGAGGGAUCAAGACUGGGUAGAGUCAGAUGCUUGCAGACCCAACAUAGACCCUGUGCUAGAAGACCCAGGAGCUUUUCUAUAUGAAGACAAUCUGGACCUUGAAAGAUUUAGGGGAGAACAACUGACCAAGGGUCAGGUGAGAGACUGGUAUGCAUAUAGAGCUUGUGAGAUUGAAAGGUGGUCAAGGUUGGUGGACAAUGCCCUGGAGAUGGUCAAUCAGGCCAUGGAGAGAAAUGUGGAGGGUUUGGAAAAUCUCCAUGAUGAUCUCAAAAACUUAGAGCUGUUGGUUUAUGAUGCCCAUGUGGAUGACAGUGUGACAUUUGACCAGUUCAAGAAGAUGACUGACAUUGAGAAACUGAGACUACUUAUGUCUAAGUCCUCAGAAGAAAUGUAUGAAAAGAACCUAAAGAAAUGGAUGCUGCCGUUUUUGAAGAGAUGUGAUAGACAAAAACCAGGCUCAACAAGAGAGUUGUUGGAAGAUUAUCUUGUCACUAUGGCGAAAGAUGAUCUCACUCUCUGCCAAAAAGUCUUCAGAAGUUCUAUGGCUCAUCAUGAGACCCCAAUCAUCUCAGAGGAUGAAGAACUUCUGACAGUGGCACUGAAGUGUAUCUACUCGUGUGAGAGAAGUGACCAACGGUUGCUAGCAGUUGGAAUCUUGGAAUGUUUGCCAGCAAGGGGCUCUGGUAAAUUGUCAAGUAAAAUGAACAAAAUUCAUGAUGAAGUUGACAUGAUGGAGAGGGAUCUAAGUGCUGCAGAGAUCUUGGAAAGAAAUAACUUACCUAAAACCAUGUCAUACAUCAAGUCCUCACAACAAGAUGUAGAGGAAACCAAGAAUCUUCUCACAAAACUCACCAGAAUUGCAGGAAGAAAAACCCCUCGCUUAACAGAAAUAGAUUGGAAAAAACUUCUGCAGGAUGUACUUGAACUGCAGUCCAGAGUGUAUGGCUGUGUGAGCAGGGACACUUGUUAUGAGAUAUUCGUCGAGAGUCUGCUGUGUUCCAGUCACCAAGGCAACAUCCACCUGGCAGGCCAGUACCUGGAGAAGAGUGCCGAUGAACAUGCCUCCCCCAGGCCCAGUGCUCCACAGACCAUGUCCCAGUACAAGCUCCCAUACAAAACUGCCAUAGAGCUGGUGCUGCAGGCUGCCAGGGAGUACUUUGACUCCUCAGCUAGUUUGAGAGAUGAAUGCAUGGAUCUGGCCAGAUCUUGCCUAAGCCUAAUAGGGGACAGACCACCCAGCAUUCAGGAGGAUUUAGACCUAAUUGCUGCCAUCGAUCUAUUGAAUGAUCUGGAAGUUGCUGCUUUACCUUUACAAGUGCGACUAUGUAAAGAGAGACUUGAGUUUGUAGAGAAAGCAAUUCAAAAGAAACCAACAACUUACAAGAAUUAUAACAAGUUACUGAAGCUGGGAUCAUUGUUGAGGGUAUCUGGGAGAGACAAGGCAGAAAAAGAGGGCCGAGUGUUGAGACUGGUGACACAGGCUGCUCUCAGGGACAAGGACUUCAAGCUAGCCCAUCAGUUAUGCCGUAGAAUGAUGGAGAGUGGGUAUGCUGCCAUAUGGACUGAGUGUAAAGCUUUGGCUGAGGCUGAAGAAUUUCAGGAUAUUAGUGCAAAAGCUGAGUUGCUGUCCUUUGCAGUAACUCACUGUUCAGCAGAUAUGAUAGAGCCUAUCCUCAGAGCCAAGUGUCUGCUAGAAACCAAGAUUUUAUAUGACACCAUUCAAACCCAAACGCACCAAGAAACAGAUUCCAACAAGGGUACCAAGGCCACAAAUCGCAGUCCGUUUUCGGCCAGAGGGGCCUUGCAACAAACUAAAGAGAUCCUGACCUCCACUAGUAAAACCACCAAGAGCCUCCUGACCACUUUCAGUGACAAGCAAUGGUGGAAAAGUACCCUGAAGAACCUUGACCCUCAGGGUGGGCCGAGCAGGGAGAUGGCACAGGAAGUCAGGAAUGCCAGGAUGGAAAAGCAAGGCUAUCAUCCAUUCUAUGAAGAUUGCAUUGAGAAUGGGCAUUGUGAUGUGAAUGCCUUCAACUAUAAGCAGUUUAGCAUGCCAAAGGAUAACAAUCCAACAACGGAACUGAGUGAGAUAUUACUGAGGACUGCCAAGCUGGAGGAGACUUUGACAGAAGGAGCUGUUGUUAAAUCUUCAAGAGAAGUAUUGUUAAAACUUGCCAAGGAUGCCAUGUCAGAAGAUGCAGCAUUAGGCUUAGCCUAUUUAUUUGCUUUGUCAGAGAUCACUGACGCUGACAAGUGUUUCACCAGCCUUCCCCAAACAGCCAUAUCUCUUCAACUGGCCACAUACUACUACGCCUUACAGACAUAUGCCAAGGUCCAGCAGACACAGGGGGACAUUGCUGACCAGAGUCCAGUUUACCACCAGCUGCCCAGUGAGGUGGUCAGUAACGCGGUCAAUUUUUUCAAUACAUACCAGGGAUCUGAGCCUCUUAAAGCUGAGGUGCAUGAGCUGGGAAAGAAGUUGAAGAGUUACAAUGAGCUGCUGGAGGAUUAUGUACAAGCUCAGACUCUGAAAGAACUUGGUAGAGGGGUGGAUGUAACUCGCUUUACAAAAGAUAAUGAGUACAAACAAGAGACAAUCUUAGGACUUGCUAUGUCCCUUGAGCACAAUGUGUACCAGCUGGCAGUAUCUCUGGCACAGAAGUAUGACAUUCCAUUAUGGGAGGUGUACAUGACACACUUGGAAUUUCUUUUUACUGAUAGUGGCCUAAGCACACAUGACCUAGAACAUGAAGUGCAGACAAAAAGCAUUCUUGCUGUUCUUGUGUCCAAACCUGUAGAGUUUCUUGAGAGAAUGCAGACAUAUGUGUACCCUAGUAUCAGGGGUUCAGAUCAUGCCAGGUUGCUGUGUUAUUACACUAUGCUAUCAGGGUGUAGUGGAGAGGAGGCCAUGACACCUGAAGUACAUGUGAAGCUGUUGAAAAAGAUCAAGCCUGCCGCUCCAGGUCUUGAUUACAAAAAGUUAAUGGAUGGCAACCAGAAGCCCUUGGAGAUCAUCAAACCCAUUCUGACCAGUAGCAAUGUCCAUGUCAUUGCUAAACUGGCUGCAAAGAUCCCUAACCAGGCUGGUGGUUACCUGCAGCCCAGUGUUGUAUUUUGUGCCUGGGCCAUCAAGCUGUUUUGGGAGGGUGACCAGAAUACCAAGAAACUGCCUGAGAGUAAGGCUGAGUGGCUUCACAGGUAUGAGUCUUGCAGCCAGUAUCUUGAAAAGAUGUCACCAGAAGAUGCCAUAGAGUUCAUCUGUGGUAUUACAUUUGUGGAAACUGCUGUGGAACAACUAUCAUUUGAAUGCAGGCAAGAAAUUGUGAGGAGGGGAUUAAAAUUUUGCCGACAGGAAGGAGGGAAGAAGAAAAAGAUGGAUGAUUCUGGGUGUGAAAUUACAUGGACAAAUGCCAUUGAUAGCAUGCAGGUGUUAUUAAACCACUUGGACCUGUUCAGAAGAUCCCACCAACCAUCCUCUUGCCAAACUGUGCUGUGCUAUGGUGGAGUGUUGUAAUCAAGAAGGUGCUGAAGCAGUGUUGCGGAUAUGCAGAGAGACUAUAGCCAUUAUGCCACUUAGUGUGAAGUGUACACAGCAUGUUGUGGGCCACAUGUUGAACCAUGGUCACUGUUUGCCAGCUGUGAAACUGUGUUUGAUCACAGCAUAUCCAGAUAUGCAUUCAAAAGCAGUGGAGGAACUGAUUUCCAACCCACAGGUAUUUGAAGAUGAAGAACUUCUUAAUCUUCUCCUCAAGCAUAAUCUUACGUCAAAAAUAGUAAGUACCCCAUAUUAUUCCCUGGUGAUAACCUACCUUCUGUCCAAUCAGAACACGGAGAGUACAUCACCUGAUGGCAUGGAUGUUAAAUCAGUUGCUAGGCAACUCCAGGAGGCUGGUCACAUGGCAGAGGCUGGAUCUCUGCUGCUAAAGUACAGAGGUACGCACUCUGCUUUGAGGACUUUUGAUGCUGCUGUAGGGAUUGUGAAACAAUGGUUCAACAACUAAUUUUUCCACCUUUUGACUGACAAAAUUUGAAGAUAGAAGUAAAAGUCAAGCUUAUGAAUUCAAGCAAUAGAAUGUGUUGACGACGAUUUCAUAUGUCACAUACUUUUAAGAAACUGGUCAACAAAAUAAACCUAAAAUAUAACUUUCAUGUUAAAUCCAAUGUGUUUUUCAGGAAAAUUUAUUUUGACCAUUUCCAAUUUUCGCAGAACAAUUUGAAUUCCGUUAAUCAUGGAUAAUGAAAAUGAAUAAUAAAUGGUGUGGUGAAAAGUGAAUUUUUGUUUU